AAGCGAAAUAUACAACAUUUAAACGUAUAUAUUUUUUAACUAUAGUUGGAGUGCUCGUUUCUGAUCGGACCCCACCUUUCAGUUCACACACACACACACUGAAACCAGCAGCGUUGACGGAAGGAAGCAAAGCACCGGGACAGAAAGAUGCUGGUUCCUCUUCACUGACCGUCUGCUGGUACUCAUGGGCUGGACACGCAACCCCAAAACGACACAACACUCGUGUUCCUAUCGAUCACGAGUUUAAAAAAGGAGAUCCUUUUGUGCCUUUUAGUCGCCCACGUGGGAGAAAGUGGAUCCGUAUUUGAGGAGUGUCAGUGGAGCAGGCCUGUGCGGGACGGUUGGAGGAAGACUUUGCAGAAGAUGAGGAAGAGCCGGAGCGUUCUUACUGUGUCACCCAAUGAGCUCCAGGACAGCAAGGAGCCUCCAGACUGCAGACUAAGUGAAUCUUUCACGUCUUCAGGUUGCACAUUAGGGUUGGACCUACGCCGGAGGUGUCGUCGUUUGUCUGGUAACCUGCAGUUGCCUCCUUUGUCAUGGAGGCAGAUGGAGAGAUCACGCAGUCCAGAUGAAGAGUUCAUGGCGAGACCGACCACCCUGCCCUUCAUCACCCCUCGCAUUGACAUCACACCUGUGGACUCUGAUUGUUUUGAUGUGGAAAAUGGGCCAUCGGUUAGCUGUAGUCCUUUGGACCCCCAGGCCUCCCCAGGUUCUGGUCUGGUUCUGCACCCAAACUUUCCCGGCCACAACCAGCGUCGAGAGUCCUUCCUCUACAGGUCGGACAGUGACUAUGACCUCUCACCAAAGUCUAUGUCUCGAAAUUCGUCUGUCGCCUCAGAACUGCAUGGGGACGACCUGAUAGUCACACCUUUUGCUCAGGUUCUCGCAAGCCUUCGAAGUGUGAGAAACAAUUUUACUGUCUUGACCAAUGUUCAGUGCUCAUCUAACAAGAGAUCCCCUGUAUCCAACCAGCCCCCCAUCACCAGAGUGUGCCUACCUGACGAGUCCUACCAGAAGCUGGCGGUGGAGACCAUGGAGGAGUUGGACUGGUGUCUGGAUCAGCUGGAAACCAUCCAGACGUACCGCUCGGUCAGCGACAUGGCCUCCAACAAGUUCAAGAGAAUGUUGAACAGGGAGCUGACGCACCUCUCUGAGAUGAGCAGAUCUGGCAACCAGGUGUCGGAGUUCAUCUCCAAUACCUUUCUAGACAAACAGAAUGAUGUGGAGAUUCCCUCGCCCACACCGAAAGCCAGAGAAAAGAAGAAAAAACAGUUGAUGACUCAGAUCAGUGGCGUUAAGAAGGUAUCCCACGGGCCGAGCCUCAACUGCGGCAUCGCUCGCUUUGGCGUCAAAACCGACAAGGAGGAUUUACUGUCAAAGGAAUUAGAAGAUCUGAACAAAUGGGGCCUGAAUAUCUUUACAGUUUCAGAGUUUUCAAACAACCGGCCUCUCACCUGCAUUAUGUAUGCGAUCUUCCAAGAAAGAGAUUUGCUCAAGACAUUUAAGAUCCCGGCUGAUACAUUUGUGACGUAUAUGAUGACCUUGGAGGAACACUAUCACCAAGAUGUGGCCUAUCAUAACAGCCUUCACGCUGCCGAUGUGGCCCAGUCAACUCACAUUCUGCUAUCCACCCCUGCAUUAGAUGCUGUCUUCACCGAUCUUGAGAUCCUGGCUGCUAUUUUUGCCGCAGCGAUCCAUGAUGUAGACCAUCCUGGUGUUUCAAACCAGUUCCUUAUUAAUACAAACUCAGAGUUGGCGCUUAUGUAUAACGAUGAGUCGGUUUUGGAGAAUCACCAUCUAGCUGUAGGCUUUAAACUUCUCCAGGAGGACAACUGCGACAUGUUCCAGAACCUCACUAAGAAACAGAGACAGUCGCUUCGAAAGAUGGUCAUCGACAUGGUACUGGCCACAGACAUGUCUAAGCACAUGAGCUUACUGGCUGAUCUGAAGACCAUGGUAGAGACGAAGAAAGUGACAAGUUCAGGAGUGCUGCUUCUGGACAACUACACAGAUAGGAUACAGGUUUUGCGAAACAUGGUUCAUUGUGCCGAUCUAAGCAAUCCCACAAAGUCUCUGGAGCUGUACCGCCAAUGGACAGACCGAAUUAUGGAGGAGUUCUUUCACCAGGGCGAUCGAGAGCGAGAACGUGGCAUGGAGAUUAGUCCCAUGUGUGACAAACACACUGCCUCAGUGGAGAAAUCACAGGUGGGUUUUAUCGACUACAUCGUUCACCCGCUGUGGGAGACCUGGGCUGACUUGGUGCAUCCGGACGCCCAGGAUAUCCUGGACACGCUGGAAGAUAAUCGGAACUGGUACCAGAGCAUGAUCCCUCAGAGCCCAUCCCCACCCUUCUACCAGCCCGACAAAGAGGGCAACGGCGGGGGUUCGGGGCCGGACAAGUUUCAAUUCGAGUUAACGUUAGAGGAAGAGGACUCAGAGGGCACAGAAAAGGACGAACAGAGCCAAGGAGACGACGAAGACGAAGAUAGGGAAGAGGACAUGGAGUCGUCCACCACGCACAUCCAAAUAGUCACGGAAGACGCCUCCCCGGUCGACACAUAGGACCCAAUUGUCCGCUUCUAGUUGGUAGCUGUUUUUCCCUUGCGAGAGGAGCAAUCUUGCAGUUGAUGCUUUUUCAAAAAGCCCACAUGGGGUGCUUUUUUCGAGCCCUCGUGGGAGGAGGAUGUUUUUCCCUCCUUGCACUUACGUUUGGAGAUGGUUUGGUAGGAGCUCUCAGGAAAUAAAUGCUGCAGACAUUUUGGACCUGAACGAUUGACAGGCGACUUUGUUAAACAUGAAGGAUUGGGGCCAACGUGGACAGUUUGUUCGUUUACCAGGCGUUAAAGAGUAAACACUACUGAGAGGAUUCGUUUUAUUUUGUACCGACACGAGACUUUUUUUAGUAAAGCUAUGGGUGUGCGUUGAGGUUAAACACGAACUACUGAAGAACAAGUAUUUGUAAAGAAAGAGAAACUGUUUACUUUUCUGUACCAUUUGUCUAAAGACUGUGUGCCUUUUUACUAUUGUCUUUUUAAAUAGUCUUUUAUUUAUUAAACUCGUUUUAGUAUGUCGAAACGUUUUUGUUUUCUAAAAACCAAGCAGACAAAACAUGCAGAAUUGUUUUAUACCUAAGCUGGAGAGAGAACUUAGUGUCUUCCUUUGUUUGGCAAUAUAACUUAAUAAUCCAAACAUCUGACGUAGAUCAGAAAACAAAGACGUGUGUAUCAUAACGAAAGAGGCACUUUCUUGUUCAUCCUAUACGUGUUUUUUAAAUAUAAGCACAAACUCUGAUUCUUUGGUAAAUCUAUACAUCAUACCAUUCGUUUUAAGGUGAGACCCCCCCUCCAAAAAAAUAUAAAAAUGAAUUUAAAACUCAAGAAAGCCAAAGGUAUAUUCACUCAAAUGUUAAGUUGCUUUUACGUCAUCAUAACUUAUAGUCUUCCAUACUUCAACAACACCGGGCCGAGAAAGACGCUUUCAAAACUAGCUUUUGUAACUUCAUUACAAAACAUCUGGGGAACUUCGAAAAGAAUUCCCCAAAAAGAACAUAAAUCUAUCCAGAUUUGAUGAUCCUAAUGAAGUUCAAUCUCAAUGGGGUAGGGUUUAAAUUAAUCCAGGACUAGGCUUUAGUUAUAUUAGGACAUAAUAAAAAACUUAUGUGCAUCUUGAGACAAAACAAUGGCAUUGAUAUAUGUUUAGAUAUGUCAGUGCGAAAUGUUUUAAAAUGAAGGCAGCUCAAACAUGCAUUGGGACUAGUGUAAACCCUGUCCCUUUAAACCCUAAAUAACAGUCCGUCUCUCUGUAACAUCACAACAGUUACCCUUGUCAGAUUUGAUAAUGUAAUGCCCGUUUAGUACUGACAUUAGCAUUCUUACGUCUCAUGCGUUCACGUUUUAAGGUACUUUACCUUAGUCUCACCGGUGAAAACAGUUAAUGGCCAAAGUAGCAUGCAAAAGUAUGUUUGUGCGCACAUAUAUACAUGUCUACACAUAAGUGUGAGUGUGUGUGCGUGAGUGUUUUAUUACGCUCGAUCACCAGCCCACACUUUCACAAUCCUUUCCAUUUUCUUCAUUUAUAUGCGCUCAAAUCGGUCCUUUACUGUUUAUAACAGUGUAUUUAUUACUGUCGACUGUACAUAAGAAAAAUAAUGUUUCUUUGUAAAUUGAUUAAUUUAUAUGCACUUGCAUUACCGAACAUUGGUGGUGUUUUUUGUGUAGUGGGCUCUUGGACUGAGUCUGUUUUAUUUAGUAAUAUUGUUUAUGUUUUAAUAUAAAUAAAUAUAUAUAUUAUAUAUACUAUGUAUGAAUAUAUUGCACAAUUUUCAACCGCCCAGAACAGUAGCCUAUGAGACACGAGACCCAUUGGUAACGGGGAAAGUCUGUAGAUAAGACAAUGAAUACAUACUGUAGACACCUGUCAGAUAUUAGAAGCUUUGUGUAUCACUGUUUGAUGUAACAUCGAUAAUAAUCAAUAUCUCACAGAAUGUGGCCCUCAAAUAUAUAUAUAUAUAUAGAUUUUGCUAAAAUGAGCUCAGACGGUUUGUUCUGUGUGUAACAUUACAGGGAAGGAAAUGCUCACGAACGGCACGGUCUCUGAACGACAAUGUGAAAUGGAUAUAAUUACGAAAAUGUGAUCUUCUGUAAUUAUUUGUGCUAAUGUGAACUAUUUUUCUGACCUUGUUAGCAGUUUUGAAAUUCAAAUUGUCCGUAUGACUUUGUUCAUCCAUGUUUGAGAUCUUUUGGUCCGAUUUGUGUCCGAAAGCAUUCGACGGAAUUAGUGCUAUAUCUGCAUGAGGGAUGAGUUUUUAUCGUCUGGUUAUCCCACAUUGUUGCAGGUGAAUAUUCAAUGUUUCACACAAUGUAUGGUAAUUUUAUUGUAUAUUGUGUUCAAUUAAAUCUGAAACUACUUUUCUAUGAAGUGAUUAAAGACAAAGCAUGAAUAUA